AUGUUUCGUUCCCUCACAGCAUGGCUGGGCCUGCUGUCUGUAGCAGCAGCGCUGCCAGCUGGUCUUUUCCCCCCUGACUCCGCCCUCGAGAAGCGUGGCGAUGGCUACAAUCCACCACGAUCUGUUGUGUAUGUGCAGACUUUCAGGACGACAUCUGGUGGUCAGCUCUCCCUGCUUCCCCUCGUCCAGCAAAAUACCAAGGUCACCCACAUCUACCUGGCUGCUGUGCAUAUAAACGACAACCCAGGAGACAUCACUCUGAACGACAACAAUCCGAACGACACCAUCUGGGACACCGUAUGGUCAGAGUCCGCACAAUUGCAAUCUCAAGGCGUCAAGGUCAUGAUGAUGCUGGGAGGUGCUGCCGCCGGAAGCUACCCUCGUCUGUGCAGUGGAAGCAACGGUGCUGUUAACGAUGACUACUACGUGCCGCUCGCGAACACUCUUAAGUAUCACAAGAUCGACGGUCUGGACCUCGAUAUCGAAGAACAAGUUGACGUCUCUUGCCCAUUGAACCUCCUGCGACGUUUGAAUCAAGAUUUCGGCACCAACUUCAUCCUCACGAUGGCUCCUGUGGCCACCGACCUUCAGCCAAGCGAAUAUGGAUUGGGCGGCUUCAAGUAUUCGGCCCUUGACUCCCAGGCUACGGCUUCUGGCAAGCCUAAUGGCAAGUUGGUAAAUUGGUACAAUGCGCAAUUCUACAACGGCUGGGGUGAUUCCUCGUCUCCUGUGGGUUACAAUGCUAUUAUCUCGAAUGGCUACGCCGCAGACAGAGUCGUACUCGGUGUUCUCGACAGCCCCAACGACGGCGGCAGUGGAUGGUACAGCAUCAACACGUACAAGAGCACCAUCAACACAUUGAAAUCCAACUAUGCCAACUUCGGUGGCGACGUAGGCUGGGAGUACUGGGAUGCAGGUAGCAAUGACGGGUACUCUGAUCCAUGGCAAUGGGUCAAGGAGAUUGGCACCGCCAUUUUUGGCGCUGCAACUGGUCAAGUCAACACUGUCAGCACGCCUAUUCCUUACGGUCCAAGCCCGUGGCCGUCAUUGACGUCGACGCUGGAAGGACUGGGUGCGCUGCAUAUCGAGGCUGUGAGGGCGCUCAACAUCACGAAUGGCAGCUUGGAUGGUGCAUUGAAGCUGUUGGGUUUGUCGGACAUCUUCAUCAUAUCAACAGCAUGA